AUGCCACCAAAUCACCCUCAGCAACUACCACAGCAAAUGACAAUUCAACAGAAAAUACCCGGUCAUGCGGGUCUAACUGUCGGUCCAAAAACACGUGUAGCAUUCUACUUGAACACGACACUGUCGAUGCGUAUCGCGAGAAGACUCGCCCCAAAAGUGAUCCUCAAUAUACGGCGAUCAGCACGACGACCGUUCUUGCCCAUUAACGCACAUGCGAUCAAGCAAUAUUGUACGACUCGACAACCGAUGGAAAUAAUUCGUGCCGCAAAGCAGAUCAAAGGAAACAAGUUAAGUGAUGCUGUGUUAGCGCAGUUGGCCACAUCGAUAAUCGCCUCAGGAUCUCAGUUUGGUGUGUUGGGCACCGCUACCUCCUCAUCGUCUGGUGCUCAAAAGCGUCCGCAACCGAUCACUGAUAAGUCGGUGCCAACCGCGAAACGACAGGUUCGUUUUACAUUCGUUUAA